AUGGCGAUUGCCAGUCAAUUGCCCAAAGACUGCCAGACCACGAUCUGGGUCAGCACCUCCCUGGAGAUGCCCAGAGCAAGAAUUGGGCAAGUCCCUGGGCAAGUCCCUGGGCAGCGACGUGCUGGCUCGGUACCCAUGAUACAGCCGCGGUUAGGCCCUUAUAUCCUCAUCAACGCUGCCGGUCUGGACGCCAGAACACUUGCCGAUAUCAAGCACUCAAAGGUCCAACCCAUUCGUCUCCAGUCCGCCAUUUUCAAGUACCCGACAUACCGCGAGGGCUACGGACGAGGAGAUAACUAUUACACCACGGCCUUCUCCCAUUUGGAUGGCGAGGUGUAUUUCGGAGGCGCCAACAAGCCCGGGUCUGACGAUAUCAAUGCUUAUGAUGAUAAGAGGCAAAUGAAACAACCCGACGUGUUACCUUCGACCGAUCUCAAGAAGGCCGGCUUGGUACCAGAUCAUGCCACUUGGGUAUCCUGCAAGAUUCGCAAGGACGGUGGAGUAAGAGUCGAAGCCGCAACAGUUGGCGGGCAAAAGGUUAUUCACGCGUACGGCCAGCAUGCAGGCGGAUAUACCUUCAGUUAUGGAAAGGCUUUCAGUCCAAUAUGA